AUGAACCUCUCCCUAUAUUCUGUGGCUGGAUUUUUGGUCAUGGACACGGAUGGAAACCGUGUCAUGGCAAAAUACUAUAGACCAAAACAUAAUCCUUUACUCACUCCUCUGCCGGACACGAAGCAACUUUCGAAUUUGAAGGAGCAGAAAGCGUUUGAAAAGGGCCUAUGGGAGAAAACGAAGAAACCAGGAG